AUGGCGAUCUUGUGCCAUCCUCGUCGCAGAUGGGCUAUGAGACGGCUGAUGGGAGCGGAAAAAAAAGACGCCCAUUCCAAGACGGUUUUCUCACAACGAGACUCGCACGCGGACUCGGAUGUCGAUGCCACCGCCGCAGAUGAAGGUCAUACUGAAAUCGGCGUUAGCAGGGUCGAGGCCUUCAACAAGGUCCUGUACCAGUCGGGCAAGUCGGGCAAGAUCUUGCUCUGGCUGCUGGGCAUCUCCAUCGGCCUGACCAUGUUUGCCUAUGCCCUCGACCAGAGCAUCACCUCCAGUAUCUUCACCACGAUGGCCAGUUCCACCUUCGGCCAGCACAGCUCGCUCGCCGCCGUCAGCACAGCCAGCCAGAUCAUCCGAGCCAUCAGCAAGCCCUUCAUCGGCAAGCUGGCCGAUAUCACAUCCCGCCCGACCACCUACGUCGUCAUCCUGGUCUUCUACGUCGUCGGCUUCGCCGUCGCCGCCAGUGCGAGCACCUUUGCCGCCUACACGGUGGGCAUCUGCUUCACCUCGGUCGGCAAAUCCGGCCUCGACUUGUUGAGCGACAUCAUCGUCGGUGAUCUGACCCCACUCCAGUGGCGCGGUUUCUUCGGUGCCGCCUUGUCAAUCCCCUUCAUCAUCACCGUACCUGUCAAUGGUUUUAUUGCGGAGGCCUUUGUCGACAACUGGCGAUGGGGCUUGGGCAUGUUCGCCAUCCUCGUACCUGUCUUGCUCGUGCCAGCCAUCUUCACUCUGUACUCGAUGCAGCGCCGGGGAGAGAAGAUGGGCAUGGUCACCAUGGCCGCUUCAAAGCGUCUGAGGACGGGGGACGGUGUGGUGGCCUCCGAGGAGCCUACAACUAAUUCCACCGGUGCUGCCUACUGGAUGAAACUCCUUUACCAGGGCCUGGUGGACAUCGACAUCAUCGGGCUCGUCAUUCUCGGUACAUCCUUCUCGCUCAUCCUGCUGCCCUUCACCCUCGCCAAGGAGGCCGAUGGCGGUUGGGCCAACGGGAGCGUGAUCGCCAUGCUCGUCGUCGGCUUCGUCCUGCUCGGUGCUUUUGUUCUAUUUGAAGUGUACGUCGCGGCGAAACCGCUCAUGACAAAGCGUAUCCUCCAAAACCGCACGUUCCUGGCCUCCGUCACCAUCUACACCUUCAACCAGAUGGCCUCGGCAACCCGGAACACCUACCUGUCCUCGUACGUGUACAUCAUCAAGGAGUGGACCGUCUACGAGUGGACCAUCUUUUUGGGCAUCACGACCAUGGGUCUCAGCAUCAUGGGGCCCAUCGUGGGUCUCAUCCAGAGGAGCACUCAUCGAUACAAGUCCAUGAUGGUCUUUGGCGCCGCCGCCAGGCUGAUCAGUUACGGCAUCCUGGUCCAGAGCAACGGCAACAUGGUGCAAGACACGGCUCGCCUGAUCGUCGCGCAACUGGUAUUUUGCCUCGGUUCCUUCAACGUCGUCGGCGCCCGCGUGGGCAGCCAGGCCUCUGUGCCACACGAGGACAUGGCCUCCAUCAUCGCCCUGCUCACGCUGUGGUCCACUCUGGGCUCGUCCAUCGGCAGUGCCGUCUCGUCGGCCAUCUGGACGAGCGAAAUGCUCGACCGCAUGCAUCUGGAGAUGCCCGGCGUGGACGAGGCGACCAUCGCCAAGCUCUACGGAAACAUCAAGACGCUGCGCACCGCGUACGACUUUGCUGACCCAGUCAGGCAAGGCGCCAUCCGCGCGUAUGCGUACGUCAACGGCCACAUCGCCACCACGGCUCUGGUCAUGGCUGCGGUUCCGCUGAUCGCCACUUUCUUUAUGCCCGACUUUUACCUGGGCAACCAGCAGAACGCCGUCACGAACUUGGGUCUGGACGGCGAGAGGGUCGAUGUGCCGGAGCGGGCUUCGGAGGAUCAGAUGGGGGCUAAGAAGACUUCGAAGCCGUUUUAUCGCAGGCUGAUCGAUGGUUAUUACAAGGAUCUUACGACCGUCAGGGGCAUGACGACGAUGUUCUUUUCGACUGGCAAUGGCAAUCCCACGGCCGAAGACAUGGAGGAUGCGAUGACGGAUCUGAUGGCCAAGCUCGAUGCGGCUUCCACGGCCAACGUUGCCUCUUCCACAACCGACGAUAUGGCUUCCACGACCAACAAUGCCGCUCUCGCGACCCCUCAGGUACCCACCAUCGCCACCGAAAAGCCACUCAUCGAGCGCUUUCUUGUCUUUGACGACAGCGGCCGACUUCUGAUCGACGUUGUUAACAAGAACGACGACGGACCACACGGCAAAUCGACGCGCCGCCACAGGUGCUCUCUCGACGCCAUGAAGCGGGCGUCGCCCGCGUGGAAGAGCAAGAUAUUCGGGUCUGAGGGCGAGGAGCGACCGGAGCUUGCCACCGACGACGAGGACUGGGCCGUCGUGCUGGACGACGAUCCACCCCGGGCCAUUACCAUGCAGCUCGCCCUCAUCCACGAGCGGCCGGAGCUGGUGCCCCGGUUUCACAACAACCCCGACACCCAGGGCGUCUGCAUGUUCAUCUACGAGUUCAUGACCACGGCCGACAAGUACGGCGUUCUGCCCCUCUUCCGGCCCUUCGUUUCCCACUGGCUGCCGCACGCCCGCCCGACCUCUGAGGACAUGGAUCGCCAUUACGUGCACCGCAUGGAAGCGGCCUGGCAGCUGGGCGCCGUCGGGCUAGUGCAGGAUCAUGUCCGGAAGCUGGUCUACCAUACCAUCGUGACGCCGGAGCUUCUGGACCAGGCGCGCGCCAGGUCGCUCUUGGCCUGCAAGGACGGCUUCUUAACAUCACUUCCCGGGUUGUUCGACACGGUGGGCAAGCGCCAGCGGGAGUUGGUCCAGUCCCUCCUGGACUUUUUCCAUGAGUUCUUAGCGGACCUGCGCGGCGAGGAGGGGAUCUGCCAGCAGGCUCUGCCUGGCACACCGGAGCACGAACGAUGCAACGCCGGGCUCGAGGAGUUCGUCUCGAAGCGUAUGGAGGAGCCGACUUCCCCGAAGAUCCCGCUGGACGCCAAGGACUGCCCUCUGACCAUCCAUCAGUUGCUGCACAUCACCACCCAUAUCAUGGGCGUGUCUUGCAAGCGGCCCGGGGCCGAAGCAGGUCGACCGGCACAAGUGCGUCUCGAAUCUCCACAAGCGGAUCGUCGACCUCGGCAAAGAGUUGCUUGGCCGCUGGAAGGGAGAGCAAUCCAUCCUGGAGCCGGAGCAGCUAGAGUGGCUCACGAAGCGUGGCGAGAUCCUGGGGACGGAGACUUCCUCUGUUUGAUGUGUGGGAUCUUGUGGUGGUCGUCACAGAGGGAACUGCGUGCGGGGGUAGUCAUCAACGCACCGAAAAUGCCUUCCCUAUCCUUCCUGACCAUCGGGAACACACGGGUCAAGGUUCACACUACCUACGAUGCCAACACUCCCCCGACCCCCCAGGCCCCCCUCGCCGCCGAAGAGCUCCCCAUCCAGGAGAUUAUUCUCGACAAGACCGGUCGACUUCUCAUCGACGUCGUCGACAACACGCCCCGCGGCAAACAGACGUACCGCCACCGGGUCUCUCUCGACACCAUGAAGCAGGCCUCGCCGGUCUGGAAGGAAACGAUCUUCGGCCCUGAGGGCCAGGAGCUGGAGAUGAAGCCCACCGCCAACGACCACGACCACGACCACGACCACGACCACGACCGUCUUGUCGUGCUGCCCGCCGACGACGAGCCAGUGCCCAUCCUCGUGCAGUUAGCCCUCAUCCACGACCAGCCGCGGUGGGUGCCGACGUGGUCCGACCCGGCCACGCCGGGCUCCAGCGCGCAGAUCGCCAAGAUCGUCACCGCCGCCGCCAAGUACGGCGUCCUGCCCCGCCUGCGGCCCUGCGUCCCCGACUGGCUGCUGCACGCCCGCCCGCCCGCCCGCAUCGGCGGCCAGGACGACGUCGACUCCGACAUGAUGGACCAGCUGAACGUGGCGUGGCAGCUGGGUGACGCGCGCCGCGUGGAGGUGUACAUCCGCAAGCUGGCCUUCGACUCGAACCUCGCGGCGGAGGUGGCGGAGGACGGGCUCGUUGAGGUGGGCGACUGCCCAGUCGAUCGGUUCCCCGCGCUGCCGGCGCUGAUGGGCGUGGCGGCCAGGCGCCGGGAGGAGGGUAUCCAGGCGUGUCUGGACUUUGUGGCCGGGCUGGUCGAUGAUCUGGACAGCGACGAGGGGGUCUGCCGGCGGCCCAUGUGGGACCCUACCAUCAUCCUGGGGUACACCCCCGAGGCGUUCGCCGCCUUUGAGUGGAGGGCCGGGCCCGCUGUCGACCACCACAAGAUCGAUCGCGACUUGUGCGGGGUUAUGCUCAACAUGGACAUCACGAAGCGUCUCCAGGACGAGGGGCCGAUCCCGGAGCUGGCCAACGACUUCCACUCGAGCAUUACCCACCUGCUGUACAAGAUCCGCCGUGUCCAUGGCAUUCAAGAUGGUGCCGCCCCCAUACUUCCCGUCCCGGGCCAUGCGUGCCUCCAGCGCCUGCAGACGAAGUUCGAGGACUUUGCGGCAGAGCUGCGCGGCCGUUGGUCGGGGACCGCAUCCAUCCUUGAGGCGGACCAGGUUGAGUGGCUCAAGACGCGUCGCGACAUGUUGGCGACGGGUGGCUCUUCUUAA